UCACAAUCUCUUCACAAUCCCUCCUUGCAUACACCCACACCCACACAGACACACAUGCUCACCCACACAAUGUUGGACGCAAGGACAAAGCGUAUCUACCUCGUCCGCCACGCCCAGGCAGUACACAACGUCGUCAGCGACUGGGACAUCGCCGAUGCAAACCUCACGCGCAUCGGACGCCAGCAGGCAACAAGACUACACCCCGCGACGCGUGACACUUUCCAGCAGACGGCCGAAUUGCUUGUCUCGUCUCCACUCCGUCGAACAAUGGAAACCACCCUCCUAGCCUUCCCCGACCUCAAGUCGCGACUCGAGGCCGAGCGCAAGCAGGGCGUUGUUCUUCUCGACCUCGCACAGGAAGUCUCAGACUUGCCAUGCGACACUCCCACCUUCCCACUGUCUGAACUGGAAGAGUCCAACGAAGCACAGUUCCGUAACGCCGGCCUCGACUUCAGCACCCUCUCGCCAGACUACGCCUCCAAGCAGGGCAUCUUUGACCCCGACCGUGCUGCAGAGCGCGCGCGUGUCCUGCGUCAGUGGCUGCGGGACCGGCCCGAGCGCGAGAUUGUUUUGGUGGCACACGGCGACAUUCUGCGGUACAUGGUCGACGGGUACCACUCGUCGCGCAAGUGGAACAACACGGAAGUGCGCGAGUUUGGCUUUGCAUCGCAGGACGACGGCGACGCAUUGUUGGUCGAGCGCGACUACAGCUGGCCCCCUAGCCCAGCGUCGAGCGUCAUGUCGUCGAGCCCGACUCCCAGCAUGUAACGUGGACGCGGCCGUGUAGUCAAGCCAAGCGUCACCCGCCACCCACCGCCGCAGAGCACGCCAGCAGCGUCCCGCGCCGCCUCGAUUCGAGCGAGCACACCAACCAUACGACGGCUGCUGCGCCACCGCCGCGCAAUCCGCCC